UGUCCCCCGCAGGAUCAUUUCGCGCCGCGACGCCGAGCGGCAGGCCUCAUCCGCGCCGGCGGCCUGGUCCAUGCGGGUUCAACGUCGUCGCGCGGGAGGACGACGACGACGACGGCGACGACGACGAUCAGUACGCUCGUACGAUGACGCUACUCGUCAUUCGGCAGAUUCUUAAUAACGCGAGUUAAUCCGGGUAACGCGACUCGCGGAGGAUCAAGCCGACUGCCGAUCGAAUGUGGCCGACGCGCGCGUACCAGCCGGAGGAUGCUGCGGCUGAGACUGGGCACUCGCGGAUCGCGCGUCGCGACGCUCCUCCAGGUGGUAGCUCCACGUGAGCGCGGCUGUCAUCGGGGACGCGUGCAGGUGCACCUCGGCCGCGUGACGGCGGCCGCGGGACAUCGUCUGUGAGCAUUCAGACCUUGUAUCGUGGAUUACCGGUUGAGGAUUUACGGUCGAUACGCGCACAGCCUGUGACAAUACAGCUGACAUAUCGCUGGCAUCCGCGUUCUACACGCUCGAGAAGCUCCCGUGAAUUUCAGCGCGUCGACGCGGUUCUAGCGAAAUCGUGCCUGCCGUCGCAGUGGUGGAUAAUUGAUAUCAUCCCCAGGUGUUAAUAUCGUGGUGUAAUUUUCUCUCUAUCGAAACAUACAUGUUCAUGCGAAAGUUAAAAAUUGCUCGUGGUGACGUACAGAACACGUGCACGUAUAUGGUUUUUGAGAGCCUAAGUGUCUGUGUUGUGUUUCGAGGAGGCACUAUACUAUAACUGCGCUCUCAUUGUGGAAGAUACGGCACAGUGAGGACGUUGCACCGCAGUGCGUGGAGCACGGCAGCAGAUCGUUAAAAAAAAAAAGGAUCGAUGAUCACGCAUUACGCUUCGCGAUAGCGAGUACUGGUAUAACAAGCCAAGGAUCGGUAGUGCAGCGAGGUGUUAAAAAUGCUGUGUCGCUGGCUCGCCGUGCUGGUACUCGUUGGUAUUCUCCUGGUUAUCGAGGCGAUCGCGGUCAACCAAGGUACGUUCACUCGCGAUCAGAGAAUUUUGAGCGGUAGCCUUGCUCAGGGAAGUCGCAACGUCAGCGGUGUGCCGGCUUUCGAAACGAAUGUGCCACGAAAUGUCACUACCGCAGUUGGCCAGACCGCCUUUCUUCACUGCAGAGUUCAUCAGCUGGGCGACAAGGAGGUGUCCUGGAUGCGCAAACGAGACAUGCAUAUCUUGAGUGCGGGCAUCCUCAUGUACACAUCGGACCUGAGGUUCCAGGUAAUCCAUCCGGAUAAGUCGGAGAACUGGACGCUGCAAAUCAAGUCGCCGCAGCAGCGUGAUUCUGGUGUGUACGAGUGCCAGGUCAGCACCGAGCCGAAGAUGUCGCUCAACUAUAGUCUCAACGUGGUUGAAGCGCGAGCCAGAAUAAUGGGCCAGUCGGAUAUCUUCGUGAAGACCGGAAGUCUUCUGACGUUGACAUGUCUCAUGUCGCAAGGUCCCCACGAUUUGGGAACGGUAGCUUGGUACCGAGGAAAUCAGGCAGUGGUGACCUCGUCGCGAUCAGAAAAUGACAUCGAAACGGAGCCCCGCAUAACCGUCGAGACGGAAUGGAGCGACGCCCUCACGUCAAAAUUGAGGAUCACGCAUGUGAAACCCAGUGACUCCGGAAACUACAGUUGCGUUCCUACCGUGGCGGAGAGAGCGAGUGUCAACGUGCACGUGAUCAAUGGUGAGCAUCCGGCCGCGAUGCAGCACGGAAACACGGCAGCCGGCUCGCCCAACUCCAAGACGGUCCUGGUGAUGCUCGCCUUCCUUCUGGGCCAGCUGAGAUAAUGUGCGUGUACACGAAGCUCGCUCGAGACUCGUAAAAUCGAUGGACGUAUCGCAACACGAUCACUCACACAUUCUAAACGUUAACCCUUCCGCACAGAUCAUCCCGAAUUAGAUCUCAAUUUCAUCGUAGCGGCCGAAUGUGAUCAAAUAAUAUGCGUAAUUACACGACGAUUAUAAUGAUGCAGUUAAAGUGAGGUAAGAUUAAUGAAAUCGUUUAUAAAAUUUUGUAAUUAAUUUCGACCGUUUCGCGACUUUUACAUUUUUCGGAUUAAUUGAUUUUUGAAAAGUAAUAUUUCAAGAUAAUCGCUGCGAUAUCAUAUCGUUCAUCGUUAUUGUCGUUGUUGCUUUCCAUCACAUUUAUCAUUUUAUUCUAUCGGGAUUAAUUUUUCGAAACCGUCGAAAUUGCAUACGAAGUGAUGAAAAUACAUUGUUUGUAUGAAUCAUAAUUUUUUUUCAGCUCUAUUCCAAUUAUUUAUCUCAAAACGAAAAUUUUAAUUUAAAAGAGAAUAAGCAUCGUUAUGUUACUUUAAUUGCGUGCCGCACUUUAAAUACUUUCGUUGUGGCGGUUAUCUCACUCCUCUUAAUCUAACGCGAAAAUUCUCAUGCCGUUUAUCUUAAACUUAACUAUGGGUUUGGCCGCUGGGGUGAGAAAUACAAAGAUAAUCUCUAAGAGACAGCUCUUCUUACGUAAUAAAAGGGAAGCUUUGUGCCUAAGGGUUAAAGUGGGGUGUGAGGCAGUCGUAUUACACGGUGUCUUAGAAGCAUAAAUUUCACGACGAAUUUCUGAGUCGACUUUUUCCAGUCGUGAAAUGAAUGAAUGGAAUUUCACCAAAAAAAAAGGACUUUUCAUACAUUUGUUGUAUAAUGGUAUUUACAGUUGAGCUGUAUACGUGUAAAACGUUAAAUAACUGCGUAAUGUUAACCAGCGAAACGAGGUACCUAUCAUUAUCUCGAAAAAAAAAAACAUUCCCCAAUAAUUGGCGUGUAGCACAAAUGAUGUUUUCACCAUAGACUUGCGUCCAAAAAUUAAUAAUUACAACAUCGUGUUUAACAACCGUUCUCUUAAAUAACAAGCAAAUCCCAUUUUUUUAGCGACGAUAUAUAUUUAAUUAAUACCUUUCGAUACCAACUGCCAUAUUUUGACAUCAUAUUUUUAAAAUACUUUUUAUAUUUAACAUUUUUUAUUCUAUAACACGUCCAUCAAGACAAUGGAAUUAUAUCAAUCCGUAAUCCAGUAUUGCUAGAUUUAAUUCCAAUUUAUUUAUAACAAUUAUAAUAAUCCUGAAGAAAAGCAAAAUUGUUGACGUAAAUGUCCAGCAUAGUUAUUUUCGCUUGAUGAACUUCUUUUGCACUCUAUAGGUAAGCGAAGUAAAAUAACAUUUAAAAAGUUUCCUACUCGCAAACACUUGAUUAGCCAGAAAUCUGUUUCAUUUAGCUCAGAAAUUAGUUUAUACGCUUCGUAACUUAGCAUCAGUACGGUUUAUUGUUGAAAUAAUACGGCACACGUUAAGCAACGAUUCAUACGACCACGACAGAGCCAAUCGAGAAUUCUUAUCAUAUCCACGAAUGACGCGAAGACAUUCUCAAGAUUAUUAAAGAAAUUUCAGCGACGACACGAGAGAGAGAGAGAGAGAGAGAGAGAGAGAGAGACUUCUCCAGAGCUUUUACGGUUUCUAAUUAAGAGCGCUUCGUGCGAGAAAGAUUGAGAGUCGUAUUGCCGUCGCUGAAAUUUUUAGGAUAAUUGCGCCGUGAUGUCUAACGCGAUGCAAACGUAUAAGAAUUAACGUGCAGUGAGUGUUGAUGCAGAAAGAGAGAGAGAGAGAGAGAGAGAGAGAGAUUAAUUGAACGCGAGUGUGUCGCUAGAAUGAAGGGAAAUAGAGCGAGAGCAGAUAAAACAGGACUACAUCCCACGCCCUUUCCCCGACCAUAAUGUGAGGAAAGUGUUAAGUGUAAAAUAAAUGUGUCACGAGCAAGUUUAACCGAAGAGCGAUGUAAUAAAAACGUGGGUGGAUUGACUCCCUCCCCCCACUCAUCGGCGGCGAAGUACUUUCUACUUAUGGUAUAAGUGUUAAAUGAAAAUUUAAAGGAAGACACAGAAGAAAAAGACACGCGUACACACACAUACACACACGUACAGGUAAUAGUAGAGAAAAUGUAUGUAAAACCACGCGACUUUACGGCUCGUAUGAUUUACACCCACGACUAGCCCGAAAUGGAAGAUAAAAAAAAAACUGUGUUUCCCACACCCGCUCACACCCUUCUCACUGUCUUGUUUUCACACGGUUUUCUUGCGAGAAAAAGCGCGCAUUCUUGUACAUAAUGUUUUACUCUUGUAAAUAAAUUACCCACACAA